AUGACGGCUCUGCAAGCAGAAAUACGUCUUAACAGUCUCAAAAGUAAGACACUGCGCUCCGCUGAAGAUUUCCCGCCCGAGUAUCAAACAGAAAAUUUGAUGUUUCUCUUUCAGCUGUUGUGUUUCGAUUGGAAAGUUCCAUCAAUAAGCCAGUUGAAGAUGAGAACGUGCUGCUUGCUCCACUCUGUGAUGGCAUAGAGGCGAUUUUUAGAUUUGGAUUGAAGAGUAAGUUGAGGAAUAGAUAUGUGACUCAAUUACCAUAAUUUUGAUGGUGUGUAUGCCGUAAUCAUGGGUUCGAUUCCUUCGUCCUUCUAAAUUAAAUAGUUUUUUCGUCGCUACAUCAGGAUUUUACAGACAAUGCGUCCUCUUACGAAAACCCAGUUUUUCUUUCAAUCUGUUGAAAAUCACCGUAUUAAUGACAAAGAUUUGCUUUUUCGUCGGUCGUUUUGGCGGUGGAGACCUCACUCAAGCGUGGAGAUAUCCUUUGGGUUUUUAAUAAUUUGCAUUGUAGGGCUAGUAUGCGUGUCUUUCUUCGUUUACCGUCUCAACCAAGCAUCAAAAGAAAGAACUUGAAUCAAUCUCGAUGCAUUCAUUACUGAAUCAUUACAGAGAAGUUUAUCUUUUCAUUUUGGCUGGCAGGUGUUACGAGAACCCGUUGACAGUUUGUUUUCACCGCGAAACGCAAAACUUUUCUUCAAACCUAUUCACCUGAGUGGGUUUUAAAAUGUUUGCGUCACUGUUUGAAAUUAUGCACAUUUGAAUCAAAAUUUUCUGCCGCCGAGAGGCUUAAAAUUUGAAGUCGUUCUUUAUAAAAGUUAACGAUUCACCAUGAUAUAUAUUUCUUGAACGGUCCGUCGGCGAUUAAGUCUCAACAAUUAAUACCAUGAACUUUCCGAGUGGAAAUGAAAUCCAUUAAUCCGCGCGAAUCUUAUCUUUUUAAAUUGUACCACAACAAAAGGUUGAAAAUCAAAUCAAAGAGCUUGGUGUUAGCUGGUGAACAAAAAUUUUACCACACGCCAAAACCAUCUUGUUCUUUUUGCACUUAACAGCUAAAUCAAAUAGCGCGGGUUAUCGAAGAAACAUCUUUCAGCCGAAAAUUUAGACAGCCGUUGCACGCAAAAAAAAAAACCUUUUUCGACCUUGAAGUUUCCACUUGAGAAUAUACGACUUCCCUAGUUAAUUAUUAUUUUUCAGAGUUUGUUGCGUCAUCACCAAUUGCGCUAAUUUUCAGUGGGCAAUUUUCUGCCUUUUUCUUUUUAGAAGACGAAGCUUUGAUGCAAUUUGUAACUUACUCCAUUAUCCGAAGUAAAUUGAAUUCCAAGCGCUAGUCAAUAUAGACAGACCAAAGGCAAAGAUAAAUCUGCAUGUUUUGAUUUACGAAUGCAAAUUUCUUCAAGAAACUCGCCAUGUUGGAAGUUUGACGGCAACUUCUGAGGAAACUUAUGCAGAGACGCACUGCUUUCUAUCCUGCGACUUUAAAAUUGUAAUUGACCAAGUUUCUUUACAUAAGUUCCUUUGCUUUUUUUAACUCCUACUAAGAUUUGUAAAUUCGUACACCCAAAAAGCAGAGCCUAAGGUACAUGAGGAUUGCUUGGUAUUUCAAGCGUGAAAGAAAGUUCUAAACCUCCUAUUUAAACCACACUCUUUCCGUUAUUCUAAUAGCUCUGUGUUUCGCCAUUGUCAGCUUGAUGUCUGUGAAUUUUACCUAACUCAAAAUGAGAAGGUAAAUUUUUACUGCGCCUUCUUUUCUUGUAUAUUCUAUGAAGCUUUAUAGAACUCGAAAUUCACCGGAUUAUUAAAGCCACACUUUUCGUAUUCAUGUCUGAAUGUGAGGGAACCAUCCAUGGUUUUAGGGUUUGCUAGUUUUUCGGCUAUUGUUGCUUUCCGCAACAAUCCUUGAGCCUAAGUUUCUGUUUUCUGUUUACGCCUUGCGUUGCAUUUUGCCCAGUAUACGUUCCUUAAUGCUCCAGGCAAAUCAUAUAUUGUACCAUUGUAUAAUUUGAAAGCUUUAUGCAUAUUCAAUAUACAAGUUCAUACAAGUCUUGUCGGAGUUACAAGCCAUGGAAUGAGCGCCAAAUUUCCACCACCAGCUGCACUCGUAAAAUGUGUAAAUCCCAAGUUCAAUCGAUCUCCACGUUAUUUCAUAUCAGCUUGCGCCUUAUCAUCUUUUGCGCCGUCGAGUUGAGUUGUUUUGUUGAGUUGUGGGAAGUAUUCCAGGUCGAUCAAGCGUGGAAGAGCGCUGAAAUAAAAUGUCCUAUGUGUCCCAUAUCCACACAGAUGUUGAUCAGAACUAAGCCCACUACGCUUAUUUUGCUUAGAGUUUCGAUGUUUGAUUUAAGUAAUUUCUUCAUGCUUAUUUUAUUUUGUCAAAGAGUUGAUUCGAUUUUAGACAUUGUUUGUAUCGAGGUUUCGACAUUCCUUUUUUUUAAAGUCCACUUGAGCUUUAUUCAAGAAAGUCAGCCCUUCAGUUAUGGCAGUCGAAAAUUGCACGCUGUUAAGAUCACACUAACUUAAGUCAUUGUUUUAGCUUUGUGCGCUUAACAAUUAAAUUUUAGUGAACUUUUGGAGGUUCAGUGUUUCCUGCGUAGAGGCCGCAUGGAUGCCUUAUGUAAUCAACCAUUACUGUGGCAAAUUAAUAGUUUCAGUAUUUUCUUUAAGGGUGCGUUCACAUAUCUGUAUUAUUCUCCAAAUAAAUUGAAAAUUAUUGCUUGUGUAUUUAAACUAAAGCUUAAGUCUAACAAUUCCGACUGAUUAAUAGUUGUACCGGUUGUUUCGAUUGAUUUUAUGGUAGGCAUGUAUACCACCUACGCUUACUCGUUCAAGUGUGAAGAAAGUUUGUAAAAACUUUCAGUAUUGUUAUGCAUACCAUUCACUCGUGCAGAAAAACGACAGUGCUUCUCGUUUGUGCGCGUCAAGAGUGCAGUGCAUCAUUAACUCGGCAACCGCCUGCGAGAAUUUAGCUUUUGAUGUUACUGAUGGGAUAAUUGAAUUCCGUUCGUUUUAGGUUCCGUGUUCGGUCUCAAGAAAUGGGAUUACUGGUGUUGGAUAGAGGCGCUGAUCGAUUACCUCCCCAACGAUAGGUGCGGUCUCUUUUUUGGAACUCCUAAUUGAGUGUCGAUAGUAGAAUGAGACUGUUUGAAUUUUCUUAUAAUUUGUUCUGUGAUUGGUCGAGACUGCAAACUCUAACUCCCUCUCAAUCAAUCAGAUGCACACCGGAAGCCAGAUGCGCACCGGAAGACAAUCUCCACAAUCACUUUGCUCGUUUUCACUUUGAAUUACCAAUGGCUUCUAGUCAUCUUUCUCUUUUUUGUGAUUACUUUAUUUGGUUUAUUCCGAUACUGAGACAAAAGUUCUUAUAUUAUAAUAAUUUGUUCAUCCAAUUGUUCUUCUAAUUGUUUUCAUCGUUUUAUUGCAAUUAUUGUUAUCAUUUUUAGGCAGAAGUUGGCCUACAUACAUGCGGUAACGUUCGUAAAAUCAUGCAAGAAGGUAAGAAGUUUUAUCACAUGGAACUUUCUCAACUCAGUUUCACUUUUUAUUUCUGCUCUAUCCGAAGCGUUCCAACGGGCAUUCAUCGAUAGAUAGAUAAGAUAAUAUUCAGAUAAUUUUAUUUAUACGCGGUAAAAUCCCUCGGCACAAUCUGAGACUACAAUAUAUCUAAUUCUGCCUAUCUAAGCUGACUUAUAAUUCCUACACUAUUACAAGAAUAAAAACUUAUUAUAUCAUAGGAAAGGCUGUUCCAAAACAUAGUACUCCUGUAGGAAGAGCUCACUUUCAAAUAAUUGGUGCGGGGUUGUGGAAUAGCCAAUAUAUUUCUCAGAAUUUCUCAGUCGGUACCAAGAAACAUCAUUUCGGGAUUUAAAUCGAGAUCGAAGAUGUUCAGGGUUCAAUCUAUAUCAAGUUUUGUGCAUCCUAACAGAGAUAGCCAGCCGAGUGCUUAUAACAGCUCUUCAAUAUCGUCCUCAUUGCUUGCAUAAAAUAAAAUACGGGCUGUGCGGUUGUGGAGCUUCUGUAUUUUUUCACAUAGGCCAAAACUUAAGCUGCCCCAGAAAACGCUACAAUAUUCAAAAUGAGGCUGGAUAAUGCUGUUACACAUAUCAAUGAGAUCACCUAAGGCAUCGAGACCAGGCAAUUUCGCCCUUUAACAUGAUAGACAGCGAAAAGUUCUCUUUGUUAUUCAAUUCUUUGGCGCUUUUACCCAUUAUUCUCAGUUCGUUUGUUUGUUUGUUUUUCUUUACUUUCAUCAGUUAAUGACAAUUACGUAUGAGUUCUGUGUUUUCAUCUAUACCUACAGAUCAACUCAUACCAGGGAUAUGGCCGACAAUUCAUUCGCCUCACUCUGAUGAAGAGGCUUCUACCGUAUACAGUUCAGAGUCUAGCCAACUCACCCAUACUCAAGGUAUUAAUUUGCCGCGGUUUAAUUUAUUAUACUACUAACGAAAGAAAGAACCAACAUUUUAAUUUGUUAUGAACAUAAUGACCUCUUAGUCCUGGACCUUAUUCUAGUCCACUGUGACGGGGUGCUAGUCUGACCAGGUUGCCCCAAACAAAUUCUCAAGAUUCCCUCACCUUCCCUCAGCCUCACCUUUACGUUUGCGUGGAAAGAAGCAGUUUGAGAGUAGAGAGGUUUGUACCAAACACAACACAGUGACCCGGUCAAGGGUCAAACCCUGAUGACUCCGUCUCCUAGAAUUGAUUGCUUUUAUUAUUGGACUUUGGAGAAUACGUUCCUGUUAGCCAUGAGUCGCUCACCAACAGAAUAUUGUUUGUUUUGUUUAUAUUACAGUACUGGUACAGAAACUCUGCAGUUGUUCGCGAUAAAGUUAUGAGAGGUUGUAUUAAACUUUUGAUUUUACCAGUUCAGAAGAAACGUAUUCUUAUUAAACUUAAUCGGGUGUAUAGAGAAAGUAGAAUGUUUCUCGCAGUAUUAAUUGGUACAUCUUCUUUCUUCAGAAAUGUUUCUGGAAAUCUUGAAAGAAGUAAAUGAGCAUGUUUUCACCCUGGACUUCAAGGUAGGUUGGAGGGGAAAUUCUACUUAAUUCUACCGAGUUGAACUUCUAUUGAAAUAAAAAGACAAAAUGAUAAUUCAUGUGUGAAAGAGAAAUAUCAGGGUGUAGUCAUAUCUGCUUUGCUGUAAUUGGUCGAGAAAACAUAUAAGCUCAGCUCCUCUAUCCCGUCAAAACUGUAUGUAAGGUUUCACCUGUUAUGCAGUUUUUAUGUCUUCGUGGGUUGCUUUACACGGAAUUUCAAAUUUAAUUUUGUUUGUCCUCCGGUGGCAUAAAGUAUUAUAAUGAAAAUUAAAAUCACUAGUUUGUUUUCUCCUGUUUCCCCUUCUGCAGAAUUGCAGUUUCCUGGAUGAAACAUGGUUGAUUCCUGUAAGUUUAUUUCUCCUUUUUUGUCUUCAUAAACGAAUUAAGUCCAUUCCAUGUUAUAAAUCGGAGCGUUUGGUGCUUUCUUUCUCGCGAAAUUCAGGUUCUCAGGCACGUUGAAAUCGUACCCUGUAAACAGCUCGGCUUGAUUGUAAGGUGAGUGAUAUUUUCUGUUUCCUGAACGUGAGGAACUUUGUGUUCAAACGGAGUACAAUUGAGAUAAUAGGGACCUUAAGCAAACCACGACGGCGAGGGAACGUGGUAAAACAAAAGAUCUAAUGAGCAGAACAAUAGCUCAGCUCGUGCGUUUUCAAACUGUGUACAUUUCUUAGCCGUCCUCUGCAAAAUAACAAUGUGAAAUCAUCAAAAUUUGCGUGGUCCGAGAAAGGAAACCUCGACGGCAAAUUCCAUUUGAAACUCAACGCCGCUCUCAUAUGCUAUGCUGAGGUUAACUUGCGGCGCCGUAAGGGAUGGUAAUCACACCCAUUCAAUCGACGUCCUCUUUGGCGUUGCCUUCCAAACUUCUAAAGGUUCCCAAUAGGGAAUUUAAGAAACGACGACGGCGACGCCGUGUACAACGUCGGUUCAAAAGUGAAUCUUAAUUUUACCAACCAAUCUCGCGAUACUCAAAGGUAAUUUAGUUUGUUUUUCAGGGUCAAAACUAUCUCGAAACUGAAAAUGGAACACAGCGUUAAAUUAGAGGUAGAAAUUUAAGAAAUUAGCCGUCGUUGUUCACGUUCUCUUGAUGACGCAAAGCUUGGUCAUUUCACGUUGUUGUUUUGCAGAGGACGCAGAGAAAUCUACAAAAAUCUAUAACACACGUACACAGCCAUUGUUCUGUUCAUUAAAACUUUUGUUCAGGACGUUCCCGUUGCCGUUGCCGUCGUGGUUUCAUUUAAACUCCCUAAUAACAGACUGUAGAUUUUGUAAGGGAGAGCGCUGAUCACGGGCACCUUUUAAUAACCCUGUUGGAAUACCCAUUCAGACACAUACAUUCCCGAAAAUUGAUGUAUUCUUGUUUUUUUGUUUUUGUUUUGGUUUUUGCAGAGCUGUGAACGGAAGAGUCAUAGUGGCUCAAGUGAGAAAAAACAGCGCUGCGGAAGAUGUAAGCAAAAACCAAUUUAUAAUUUUUGAUUCAUGUAUUGUACUAUUUGUUGAUAAUGUUGUCAUCAGGGAAAAUUUACUUACUCCAAAGUGGUUUUUCGGUGUCUGGUCCUUUUCAUUCCCUUUUUGUCUGGUUCUCUCUAGGGCAAGCUGGUAUGCUAGGGCGAGUUGUCUCGAAUUGGGUCUCCAUUAUUGACUUAGGAGUGGUCCUUCAGCCAACCUUACUCCGGAUGCGCUGCUAUAUUGAUAGAAGCGAUGCGUGUGGACAUAUAAAAAAUACCAUAAGAGAAUUAAAAAAAAAACUUAUUAAUUCGAUGACUUGCAAUUUUCUUUUUUGAUGGAUCAUUUCCUCAGGCUGGCAUCGCUUAUGGCGACACACUGGACGAGUUAGUAGGGAUAGUUCUGCGCAAGACCACGGCUGGCAAGGUAAGCAAGUCAUAUGAACUGAUUUCCAGAACCCCUUCAUGCAUGAUGGAACUUUGAGUCUAACACAAAGAUCAUGGGAGCAUUACUUCUGAAAGAUUUUCCAACAUUUGAAAUUUCUUACGGGCUGGUGUAAUUAACUGUUCGUUCCCUUUCAAGGUUGUUGAUCUUCUGAAGCGAAACACCGGUAGGCCAAUUUCGUGUACGUUGGUAAAGGUAAGAUUCGAGGCCUUUAAUGUUAUACCGAUCAGGUUUCAUCAAUAAUUCAGGACGAGGUUGGGUAAAAUGGAAUUACUCGGGAUGUACGAGGCUAUCCUCUACGUUAUUUACUCUUUGAGCUCAUUGAACUCUUUAGUACUGGAGCUAAUCUUGGUCUCUGUAGCAUUCCGAUUGAAUCAGGAUGUUGCGCCAUCUUAUUGAUACCCUCCUCCCUCCCCUUUCCCCCUCUCCUCCCCCCUUCAUCCAUUUUGACAAGUUUUCCUGAUAGCUUAUUAGUACCCAGGUGUACUCCGCGGCGAAGAAAGGCAUUAUGAGUGGUGUCUCACCCAAGAGCGAAGCGCUACGACUCGGCUAAGGCUUGCUGUUCAACCAAGUCUUUCCCUUCAAAUAAAUGUAAAUUUCUCAGCGAUAAAAGGGCCAAAGGAACUCAGAGUUAACCCACUAUUAAGUCUUUUAAAAAACUUUUAUUUGCUAAAUUGUCCUAAAAAUUGGUUGCAUUCGCUUCACAGGGCAAACUCCAUACUGGACAGCUUUUUCCGCCAUCCGCAGAGCGCAUGACUGUAAUUACCGCCGAUCCUUACGAGGAGAAGGAUAGCGACUUUGGAAAAGCUCCACAACAGCUGGCAGGAUUCGAGGAGACUCCAGUUCAUGCGUCAGACACAAUGUAAUGACAUUUUAUUUUCAUUUCAUAGAAAGAUGUAUUGUCUCUAAGAGGUUUGAGAGAAUUCCCUCUCGACUCGUUUCGUGACAACUCACAUUCUCUCUUCUGCACGAGGGCCAAAAUUGGACAUCUUUCCAGGCUUCUUGUUCUUGUACAAUAACUCAGCUUUUUCCAAUUUUGAUUACUGUACCUUAUUGUGCAUGGAAGACUAUAGGAGGUUUAUUUUGUUGCGACAAUUUCAGCUGUAUUAUAAAAGUACCUUGAAAGUUUCUCUCGGUUUAUUGUUCAUGGGAAGUCUGACCAUAAAUCUUAAUACUCUUCUCUCUUCAGUGCUAUAUAUACAGCUACGUAUUAUGGAAAAUUGGCAGUUGGAGAGGUAAGCUGAUCAAUCUUCUUCUAUCUUCUGUACCCCCCCCUCCCCAGCUUAGCCGGUAAACUUCAAAUUUCGCUGUGUUUUUUUUUUUAUCUUGGUUACAAUGCUGCGUUCUUUUUUUUCCUUUAGUCAAUUUUCAACGCACCCUCGCCAUAUAAUGCACCUGUCACUUUUUGUGUCCAGAUUGACUUUACAAUAAAAAAUCCCAUCGUUUUCCCCGGCUACAACUUUGUUGAUCUGAUCCACUCGUUCUUGUGACCGAAACCCGGCAAUGGCUGGAAUUAGCACCUAAGUCUAAGAUCUGAAUUGUAAUUCUCUUUUCCAAGUUGCAUACAUUUGAUGGUAAAUUAGUCGGGAGAAGUUGGUGUUAUAUCAACUAGGUUGCACCUUACACAUGAUACAUUUUUCUCAUCUAAACACACUUCUGGUAUAUAAUGUCCUUACAUUGCUGAGGGAGAGGUGACAUAUCUACUACUUCUUGGAAUUGAAGGGAUGAAGGGGCGUGGUCUCUGUCUCAGGCUCCUCUCUCCAUUCUUGAGAACGAGAGCGAUUUUCGAUAGCGUAUCGUGGGACCAAAACCAAACUAAUCACAACAGCCAAUAUAAGCAAGUGAUACUUUCAAAAGGAGGCAGCGAGAUUUCUAAGCAAAAAAAAAAAAGCGUGGGGAAGCAACAGUGCCAAAGUCACGAUUGGUUUUCAUUUUGCAUCUGAUUGGUUACAAGGGUGACGCGAAUUUUUGGACCAAUCACAAAGCAAAAUACAGCAACACCAAAACAAUACUGGAUUACAUUAUCGAUACUCAUUUGAAAGUUACUCAACAAGUUCCAAACUUUAAAAUUACUGACCAGCUCUCCUACGCUGACUAAGUUGGAAAAGGGGCGGAGGCAGCGUACAGAGAAAGAGGAAACCUGAUUAUUUGUAGAAAGAUGUUAAACACACACUGAUCCUUCUUCAUAUUUUCUUAUCUUGCAAUCAAAGGAUGGAGGUGUUGCAGUGAUUGAAGACUCUAUUUUGGACAUUUUAAAACAGAACAACAAACCAAGGGUAAUAUUAUUCUUAACUAUUCUAGACCCUGUUCUUUAUUUUUUGCAGUCGUAUAAACACUGACUACUACUAGUAAAAUGGAUGUCCGUUACUCGUGUUAGUGCUGGACACACUUAGAUGUAAAUAUCCUUAAACUUUUUUUAAAAUUAUUAUAUUUGUUCCAGCCUGUCUUCCUGAACCUAACUGAGACAAAUAUUGUGGUCACAGACCAAGCGACAUCAAAGGUUUGAAUCAUAAAUGCGGAACAGUUGCAUAUAUGGUUGACAUAUAAAAAGUUUCUUAGUAUUUACAUGUAUUUCUUGAAAAAUGACUUCACUCAUUGGAUGACAUCACUCAGGAGGGUCUCAAUGGGGUAACCUGUUAACCGUUAAACAGCCAAAAAAUUUAGCCAGGUGUGAAAUUUGAUAAUUAUUAACUGUAAGUCGUAAAAAAAGUUAACCGUAAAAUAUUUUUCUGGUAACUGCAUUGGAAAGAAAUUAAUCGUUACCCGUUAAUCUGCCUUAAUUUUAACCAUUAGCCGUAGAAGCCAUCACCCCAUUGAGAUACUCACUCAAGGUAAACCUUUAUUUCUAGGUGUUGGGAACACACUCAUUUACUGAAACAUCGUCUUGUGGUCGACGCACUGACAGAAAAGAAAUGAUAGCUUUCGUUUCAGGGUAAGUAACUGUUUGUGAAGUUAUUUUUCUUGUUUGUCUGUUUUUGUGUCGCUCGGCCUCACGGUGUGUCCGACUGACUGACCGUCUCUCUCUCUCUAUUUGUUAUUCGACCUGUUUGCCAAUAUAGUGGUCAGUCUGUCUCAUGUCUGCUUCUUUGACUCUUUUCCAUAAACUUUUUUUCCUCCCGGAACAUCAAUUCUCGAACAUUUAGACAACAUGUGAUGUUGUCUAUUUUACUUCUUUCACUAACCUUUUUUUAAGUGUUAGUCGUGGGCAGUUUGCUCUUUGCUUCAAACUAAGAAACCAGAAAAUGUUUUUUCUUAUUUCAGGGAAACAACUUGCAAUAUGGCGAAAAAUUUUUAUUGCUAUGUGUUUGAGAUGACAACGGAAAGAAUCGUAAGUUCUUAUGUAAUUAAUGAGCGUAAUAAAAAAGGGGGGGGGAGGGAAUGAAUUAGCAUCUUACUGGUAGUUAAAAACGAAAGGGGUGCCGGGUUUUACCGUUAUAAUUUAUCAAUUUCCCUUGACAAAGAGGGGAUCACGUGACAUCGAGGACACCCCUUGGCUACGUCCUUGAAUAUCUUUGGUACGAAGGGGUGGCAGUUUAAAUUUCCUAGAAAAUAUAUCUUUAUUCCUCAUUAACACAACAUACUCUGUUUUUAUUUGUUUUCAGGCCAAAGUCGUUUUGUAUAGCAUUGGUAAGAAAUUUAGGAAUAUUCGAUAUGAAACAAUGUAGUCAUUUUGUGUACCAUUAGUGAGAAAAAGGAAUAACCCCAAUAUCUGAAUUAGCGUUAUGUUUGUUUUUUUGUUUCUGUUGUUGUUUUUGUUUUUUUUUUUUUUUGGCUUAUCUUGUUUUUCAUAAAUAGCAGUCAGUUUGAUGGUUUUUUCUCCGUUUUUGUGCUGUCGUUUGCUAUCAACAUGAAAAAAAUAUAUUUGUCACCUGAAUUCCUUUUUCAUUUAUGUCUCCAAAAUGCACUAAUUAUUUUAAGAGGGUAAAUUUAACUAAUACCCCAUCCACACCAUCAUCGAAGCAUAGGAACGAGUCGUGUGAGGAUUCGAUAUGCAAAUUCCAUAGCGUUAGCACGGCUUUAGGAGUCUGGGGACCACAUGCAACCUUUUAGCCCUUCAACUCCCAUGAGUGACAAAGAUAGAAUUUCUCCUUACAAUAUCAAAACGAUGUUAAGCAGACAAGUGAUGAGAGUGAAGAAAACUACUAAUAAGGAGAUCAUUUGUCGAUCUAACACCAAAUUCUCAGUAUUACAAUAAUUUUAUAGCAGACAGUAAGAGUUAAAGAUGGCGGACCAUUUUUUGAUUAUGUUGGACCAGAUGGGGAGGCCUUUUCUGAAGAUGACGGCUCAAUUCUGUUAUUAGGAAUUAAAGAUCAUUGGCUUUUAUUGCAUUCACUGCAUUUUAUAAUUAUAUUCUGCACAGUAACUCCGUGUGUUCACCAAAGUCUCAGCUUAAUUUUAAUCUCUUAUUGAGUUUAAUCACUAAUUGAGUUUUCGCUGCAUUUAUAGCUGAUGGUUUCCUACGUACAGUGUGGUUUGUGUGAGGAACACAACUUCAAACGGGACAUCGGGAUAGCCUCUGCACGUAGUGACACCUCAUGCAGUUCAAUACACAGUUUGUGUUUUUUAUUUCACCAACCAAAACGUGCCUCAAGUUGAUCUGAACUUGAAUGCUCGCGUUUUGAUGUACAUUUCAACGUUGCGUACUCUAUAUAGACGUGCACAAUGAUAACACACAGAAUUUCAUACUGAAUGGAGACAGAAUUUGCUACAUCAGCAGGAUAAGAGAGCUGUAGAAAUCUCACAGCAGCUUUUUGUAACUAAAGAGGAGAAAAAUUGAUUUUUUCCACUCAAAAUGUGAGAAGGAAAUUCGCUUUUCUUUUACGUUUGAGGACAAGGCCUUGUGUGCUAAAGGGUUCGAUGAGAAUUAACUAACUGACUGAAAUGUAAAUAUUUUUUUCUUAUUACAUCGGUGAGGCUUUGAUAUUCCUUUAGUUAGUUGAUUUACCAACGUCUUUCUAUCAAAUGUUAAUUUGACAAAAGAGGAAGGUCAAUAGAAGUAGCUGGAUCUGAGCUUUUAUUUAUGGGAAAUGUUUUUCCUAACCUGUCCAUGCACAUACGAAUUUAGGGUGGAAAUAUUUGGAGAAUUUCAGAUUUAAUCUUGCAUUAAGAGGGUUAUAUAGUUGACACAUGAAUUUUUUUGUUUUUAUUUAUUCUUUGAAAAUAAAUCUGCUCCUUUUAUAGUUGAAUUCUCAGAAUACAUUUGAAGUUUCCAGUUAGGUGCGUAGCAACUAAUCAUUAUAAUAACGUAUUUGAUAAACAUCCUAUGUUUUUCUCUUCUCAAUACUUCAAAAUGUUGUGGAUCAUUGCGGGAGGUUCUCCCUUCGAUGUAAAGGUUUCAAUACAGGCGUCUCAUUAGGGCGAGUUGACGUUAAGAAGCUCGCGAUCGUUUAUUCAACCGGCCAUGUUUGAUUUGGAGAUAAAGGCAGUGGUGGGGGGAUGGGGUGGUGAUAGAUGUAAUAUUCAAUCCCCCGCACCAAACCCUCUCCUUAUUUUUGACCGUUACUCACCCCUCUGGUGCAAAUUUCUUCCUCUACCCAGCCUUCCAUUGCCAUUAAAUCAAAGAUGGUGUGCAUAAUUUUCGCCAACAACAUGCUGAGCACUCGCCAAAUUGCGCUUGUUCUGCAGGCUAUUCGAUACAGGAAUUAAAUUUCCCUUUUGAAUUAAAAUAAUCCUUAGGUAUGCACAAAAAAAAUUCUCGAGCCAGAGUACAUAAUUCCAAAACCUGAUAAGGAGAAUUCUACACCACCGAAAUGUUACGAACUUUUUAUUUUUUUUUUUUUUAUUUUUUCUCUGCCAACACAAGUUUGCAGCCGCAUUUACAAAUACUGUAGUCAGUUUUUGUUGUUGUCAGGUGUUUUGGACCUGACAAUGCCUAUCGUUAACUGAAUAAUCAACACAACAUAUGAUAACUCAAAGCUAGUAGCUGAAGAUGACUUUUUAAGUGAGCCAAUAUGUUUCUUUGUUAAUGGCUAUUGUUGGGGUUUUUAAUUUGGACCCGGACGAGCACAGCUUUCAAAAGCUUUUCAAUCAUUAUCAACUUACUAACCAGUAAAAACUAAUUAAUUUGCUUAGUCUGACACAAUGUCUGAACACACAAAAAGAGAUUGUGCAUGAUCAGGAAGCUUUCAACAUAAAUUAAACAGCAGUGCUAUUGAUUUCAUCAUUCAUGUUUUCUAGUGUUCUUCACCAGUCACCUCUUUUACCUUUAAUUCAAUCCAUCAAUUUUUCUUUCAAUGCACUUUUCCAUGAAAACUUGUUGGUGUUAAGUAAAACUUCACAACAUGACUUCUUCUUAAACCUUCUACGACGUUCGUGUUAAGUUUUCCUGUGAAGUGAUCUAUAUGCUAGAAAAUUUCGUCCGUUUUUCCUCGACAAAUCUCUCACAAAAACUGGCAUUUCAGUUUUUGGAUUUGUAGAAUUUUGAAAGAAGGAGGCUUGUUAUAUUCUGUCAUCCACAUUGUCGAGGAAAUGUGAAAAUGAUUCUACUACCAGCUUUCGUAUUUCAAAUCGUAAGUUAUAAAAGUCAAGUCUCCCAGCUGUUUGGCUGCUAGAACUAUUACCUUAUUUGGUAAAGUUCAAACGCUUUCGUGAAUUUGUUUGUAAUGAAUUGUAUGAUAAGUAUCUUCGGUUCUAUUACUGUGGUCCGCUGUAAAAUCCUGCUUGAAUUGAAGGCGGUAACUCUAGUCUGUUGUCUGCAAAUCGGCACAUUACAAUUGACCUGUUGAAUGAUGGUUUCAGUAACAAAAACUGUUGACACCGUAACAAAGCGUUAAAUUUGCAUUAAGAACUCUUCACACUUUAUCGAUAACGUCGCCAGCUUGAAAGACAGUUGUUCAAGGUCAUUAGGCAGCGCUUGGUGAAAAUGAUAAAACGUUUUUUGCGGGGAAAAUCCAAACAUAUGAAAUGCUCAUUGGUUUAGACGCCGCGCUUGGUUUCUUCAGCAUUAUAGGUAAAUGUUUUAGUCCAAAGAAAUCGUCUGGAGCUAGAAUAACUUCUUUAAAAUAUAAAUUAUGAAAAUGUCAAAUCCAACGGAGGGAAAGAGUCGUUCGUAAGGCAUGCUUCUCUUUAAGUCAGAAAAAUCAACAAAGGAAAAAGGUUUGGAUCGUUGCUUCUGUCAUUCUUGAGAACGCAGAAAUUUCUUUUGUUUGUAACGAAAAACCUCGAUUCCCAUUGGUCAGACUAUACAAAACAUCCACCAGUCACUUCCUUGAUAUGAUUGGUGAAGGCGGAGACCAUAAUUUAUUCCACUUGGCGAAACAGGUGAAUUUCGAAUUAUAAAAGAAAAAUUAUAAACAACGGCAGACGCCAGUUACGAUCAAACAUUCGAAACCGCACAAAAUGGAAGAAUUCAAGGCCAAAACAAGUCGAUACAGACACGAAAUUGAUCAGGCCGAGGAACGUGAAAAGGCCGCAAUAAAAAAACUCGUGUUCGCAAACCACGAGGCGGAUGAGAAGGAAAAGGAACGGGACGCACUAAAGAGGAGAAAACAUCUACUGGAACAAAAAUUAGAUGCAGUGGAAGAUCGAAUUUUCGAUAAAGAGAAAUUCUAUCGCGAAGAGCUUGCAAGGAAAGAGAGAGAAGAUCGGCAGCGAAAGAUUCUGGAUGAACUUGAGGAGGAGGACGAACGCAAGUUUGAGAAGCUAGAAGCGGAGAUUAGGCGAUAUGAAAAUGCAGCCGAUUACAGCGAGCAUAAGUGUGCCGAGUGUCGGCGAAGGCUGCAGACUGUUACUCGUGAAACCGAGCGCUUUAAAAUGCGUUUGCGAGCUGCCGUCGGAAAAGGAAGGGAGUUGGAGGAGCAGAACAAAUUCGUGGGAAGGCAUUUACGGAAAUUGGAAAUUUCCGAAGAAAAACGGGGCGAUCGCGAGGAAGCCUUCGAAAAUAAAAUUCGUGAGCUCUGGCAACUAAGGAGAGAUGAGGAAAUGCGUUACGAGGCGGCUGAAAGGAAAAUCGGAAGACUGGAGGUGGAGAAAAGUGUGUUGAAGGAAAAGCUUUACGAAGAAACUCAGAAACUUGACGACGUGAAAUCCAUGAUGAAUGAGACCAUGAACGGUCUUGGCCGUUUCUGA